GAUGAAGAUGAUGGGUACUGGAAGUAGGUCAAUCAAUAUUGGGCUGUAGGGCGCACGCGACAUUGAUACCCCGACGUAAAAGUAAAUGCGCGUGAAUAAAAUUUAUCACUUGCUCUGAAAGUAACUUAAACUGAUAGUAACUUUGUUAUUUUAUUUAAUAAAUACAUAAAUAUUUAUUAAUAAUAAGUUUGGUAAAAAUGUCUUCUUCAGGAUUAAACGCAGUAGCAAUACCGGAUAUACGUUUUAAUGAAGUUAUUGAACACUUGAGAUUUAAUUUCUUUGCUGAUGAGCCACUGAACCGUGGAGUUGAUCUUUGUCAGAAGGGUGAUUCGCAUCUUGAGCUAGAAAAUCAUUGUCUUGCAACUCUGAAGCAGGGAUACUCGCGAAUGCUCGUCACUGAAGAUGGAACGAUAGCUGGAUUAGCACUGAAUGGAGUAACGAAGAAAGGCGACCGCGAAGAAGCUGUCCGGCGUCUCGAAGAGCUCGAUGAUGAAAAGUUUAAGAUAAUAUUUGGCCUGCUGUACAAAGUUAAUGAGAAAGUCGAUUUAUAUGACAAGUACAACACGGAAGAAUUAUUUGAAUGCAGGAUUCUGAGUGUCGAUGAAGAGUUCCGCGGCCGCGGAUUAGCCAAUAUACUGAUGGCUGAUACUGUUGAUGUUGCAAAACGCGCUGGUUUUAAGGUGAUGAAAGCAGAUGCCACAGGUAUUUAUUCCCAAAAAGUAUUUGAGAAACACGGAUUUAAAACAGAAGCUGAGAUUCUGUACACUGAUAUUGAUGAAAAAUUAAGACCCGCACCACCCCAUCGCUCUUUGAAACUCAUGGUCCUGGUACUUUAAAUGUUUAAAAAAAAAUUCCUUUGAUCCUUUGAUCUUCCGACAAGGAUUAUUAUCAAAUAAUAAUAAAUUAUAAAUCAAAGGAAUAUCGUAGUAAAGGAAAAAAAAAGUAUAUUUAAUAAAAGUGUUUGAUCGUUGAAAGUCUGACAAUAACAGCUCUCUAAAAUAAAAGUAAUAAAAUAAAUAAUUAACUGAUAUAUAUAAAUAUAGAGUUAUAUAAAAAAAAGAGCUGGAUAUUUAUAAAAUAAUUAUAAUAAUUUACUGCCCUAUUUAUAUAUAAGUGAGCACUAAACAAACCCGCGCAUGCAACAGAAGCACAAAUUGAUGUAUCUGUUGAUGUCUUUAUUAUUUAAGUAUUUAUUAUAAUUAAUGAUCUAUACUUUUUAAAAUUAUUUUGUCGUUACGGCAGGUCCGAAACAAAAUUAUUAACAAAAAGUAUUAUUAUAAAACCGCUACCGUCCAUUGGUGGCAACGACACUCCAGAUUUUUCGUACAAAUCAUAAAUAACGGGUCCAUUUAUGUCCAGAUUUAAAUAAAUAAAUGAAUUUAAAACAAAGUUAUACGAAAGUUAUACAAUUAUAUGAAAUAUUUUUGUUGUAACCCGACAAUAUUAUAUUAUAUUGUA